AGCCACCCUGUUUCGCACAUCCUAAAGCAGCAUACAUAUUGGCCCGCCGGUCGGCCGCCGAUCAACUUUUCAGCCGGUGAUAUGUGCACCUUAGAGAAACGCGGCAACAUCUUCUUGUUAACGUUAACAGGUGAUGACGAGCACCGGUUGAACCCGACCCUCAUCGCCUCCAUCAGGUCGGCUUUAGCUGAAGUCAAGUCUCAAGCCACCGAAGGCUCCGUUCUUAUCACAUCGGGUCAGGGCAAGUUCUUCUCCAACGGCUUUGACCUCAGGUAUGCUCAAGCUGCUGGUUCAGUUCAAGGUGCUAAGGAUAGGCUUAUGAACAUGGUACAGAUCUUCAAGCCGUUAGUGGCUGAUCUUAUCUCCCUUCCAAUGCCCACAAUAGCUGCCAUCACGGGCCAUGCGGCUGCGGCCGGCUUGAUGCUAGCCUUGAGCCAUGACUAUAUCACAAUGAGAUCAGACAAGGGGGUGUUGUACAUGAGUGAGCUUGAUAUAGGAAUGACUUUGCCAGACUAUUUCAAUGCCAUAUUUAGGUCAAAGAUCGGCUUGCCCUCGGCUCGGCGUGCAUUGCUAUUGAGGGCUUCCAAGGUGAGGGCGGAGGAGGCGGCGGGGAUGGGAAUCAUAGACUCGGUUCACAGUAAUGGGAUGGAGACAUUGGAGGCUGCAGUGCGACUAGGGGAGGAUUUGAGCAAGAAGAAGUGGGAAGGGAAGGUGUAUGCUGAAAUAAGGAAGUCAUUGUAUCCUGAACUUUGUGGCAUUUUGGGAUUGAAAGAUGAAAAGGUUCUGCCUUCACGGCUUUGACGAGCAAAGAAACUACAAUUCGUGUUUUCCUGGUUCACCGGAGAUUCUUAAAGUCUUGCUAUUUGUGUCUUUACUUCAACUAAUUACAGGGCUUUGGAUGAGGCUAAGCAUGAAAUUGAAGAAUGAAUUUUCUUGGAAUGACUGUCUUAACCCUUAUGAGACUCUUUUGUGCAGUUUGGAAAGCAAACACGAGACAGAAGGACCAUUUUGUUCAACAUAAAGAUGCUAUCCGUACUACUUUUUGUUUACUCUGAUUUCAAUAAUGUAAAAUGUGAGGAAUACUGCAUAUGUUAGAACUCAUUAUAGUAGUAUAAUUAUAGAUGAUAUGGUGCUUCUUUUGGCUUGCUUUUGAAGCUAGCAACGUGACCUUCCAAUGUUAUUGAA